GGAGAAGAUGACGAUGGAGUGGGAAGAGAUGGUCUUCUUGAUAAAAGCACCUUCAGAUUUAGAUUCAGACGAUGUUGUUGGUGUGCAGAGAAAGGGCACGAUCAGCAUCAAGGCAAUGGAGAUGAUCAUGAAUUUGGAUGAGUACAAAACUCCAGCAGCAAGAAAUGUGGCAGCGGAGUGAAGGUAUAUGUAGAGGUCCGGCGGACUAGGUUGAGGUCCGGCGGACGGCUAAGGUGAGGUUGCCGUCCGCCGGGGAAGCAAAAAUAGUAGGUUCUAAACCUGCUCUGAUACCAUGUUAGAAAUAAUGUAUAGAGAAAGAGAGAGAAUAAAUUGUAUGUAUUAUUUAUUGUCUCAUGAAGUUAUUAUUUAUUGCCAAUUUUCUUUCUUCUACCUUUAGUCAAGAGCUUUUAGCUGCCGUGGAGAAUGAGAGAAAUUUGAGGUCAAGGCGCAAUGCUCGCCAUGAGGACUAUGAAAUGAAUAUUGAUAAUUCUUAUGGAGAUGAUUCAGAUUUUGGUGAGUGUAUUAUGAGGCAUUUUGCCGCCGCAGCACGCAGAGCUCGUUAUGUUGAGAGAAGGGGAAGGCCGAGAUCUUCUGGUAUUGGUCCUCCGCUGGUUCUGCUCUCUGUUCCUCCUGGAGAUCUACCUCUACCUGAUGUGCAGCAUAUGCGCACAACAUCACCAGAAGAAUGCCAAACUUCCAGUUAUGAGUUUUCGGAGGGUGAUUCACCAACAUUUAGCACUCUAAGCCCUGAAAGUCCACAAAGACCAAGCUCCACUGAAUUUCUUGCUUUCUCGGAGUCUGUUAAAUCGAAAUUUUCUGUGGCUUCUGCCAGAUAUAAGGAAUCAAUCUCAAAAAGUACCCGAGGAUUUAAAGAGAAGCUACUUGCCCACAAUAUCUCAGUCAGAGAAUUGGGAAGAGGAGUUCAACGUGAGAGGAAUGCAGGUAUUGCUGGUGCUGCAUGAAUGAUUGAGCGCCUUGAUCUUCCCUCAAAACGGACCGGAAUUUCUGUUCCUUUAUCCAGUUGCUGAACCUCAAACUUCUCGUAUAAAGGAAAAGACACUCGAGUGUAAUUACUCAGUCUCCUAAUGAAAAUGCUGGGGAAAGUGUGCAUGAUAUGAGUUCACCUGAAUCCCCUCGUGUUCACAGUACCUUCCCAAGUGAAUUGGAUAUUUCUCUCGUUCAGGUAGAUUCCUGAAGUGAUGGUGAAUCGCCUCAAUGGGUGAUUUGAAAUGCUUGUCAUGCAUAGUAUUCUUUGUCAUGAGAGGAGGAAGAAUGAGAAAAUGCACCAUUAAAACAAUAGGAGAGACUUGAACUAGGGUGAAGCCAUUUCAAAAGUAAUAUAAGCAGAAUUGCAGGAUUCAGUUUCCAUGAUUCAUACAAUCUGGAAGGUGAUGUUGUUAAGAUGCGAACCAGUGCUCAACUAUGGGUUCCACAUUUCAUUCUCUUCAUGAAGGCAUUUACUCUAUGCCGUACGAUUAUGAAUCAGUCCAGGCGUUUACGCAAGUGACGUAUGACAAGGAAUCAAUCCACCAUGAUUUAGAGGAUGAUAACUGGUUCUUGUCCUGCAAUAAUUCUAUUUGCGAAACUUGAAACCUUUCAAGUGAUUUACUGUUUUUACAUAAAUAUGGUUAUAUGUAUUAUUGUUCCAGUUAAGUGCAUGGGAUUUUUAACUUUGCUGGCGUUAAUGUGCUUAUUGAUAUAAAGUUUAUCCUUUGUGCUUAUUAAUAAGCACAUAAAUAAUUCCUUUGUAAAAAUUAUUUACUAAUAGACGUGGUGGAAGGAGAUGGACUUUUCUGGAGAAUUCCUUUGUGCGUCUGCCAUUUCCAUCCCUUUUUUCUUCUU